CUCACUUCAAACUCAGUCCCAACAUGCUCGGCGAGUGAGCACACAGCGCCAAUGCGAGCAAGAGGACACAUCUUCAGAAACAAAGUGUCAAAUGUCUCUUUCCCUGACAGUGUGCCUGGACAGAACUACAAACAUCUCAUGCCAACGAUGAAAAUAUGGCAGCUGGAAGAGCAAACUGUUUUCCUCGUGUGGGGAGUCUCUUGCGAAGUAGGUCAGAGGGUACACUGAUUGAUCUGGAUGAAAAUACGUUGAGUGGUGAAAUUCCGAAAGGUGGAAAGGCAUCUCAAGUGAAAGAGAAGCAUAAGUCAACAAAAAACCCCUUUUGGAGCAAGUUGUCGGAAUCAAACCCUUUCUUAGAUGACAUUGUACACACCAACAAAGAGAAGCUUAUUUCCAACGCAGCCAAUACAUUCUCAAGUACUGCAAACCACCUGCAAACAGACAAUACAGACAACAUUAGCACAUCCUCAGAUGAAGGCAACUACCUGGAAAAGAAAAACAAAGCUAACAACAGAUCUGGGAGAUGGAGGAGUGCCACAGACAUUCUUGAUGAAUUCGAGAGAAAAGUGCCAAAGAGGGGAAACAGCUUCAGACCACCCCAGACCGUCCUACACCCUGAUUUCGAGUGGCUAAAAAAUGACAGAGAAGCCUAUAAGAUGGCCUGGCUGAGCCACAGGCAGUUAACCCGCUCAUGCCUGGACCUAAACCUUAUGAGCCAAAGUCCUGGAUGGGCUCAGACACAGGCUACAGACUUUCAGGUCAUCUGCAAGAUUGGCAAUGCUGGAGGCUCAAUUCAGCUACCAGACUCUGACAUUACUAUCAAUUUCCCAGAAGGCCAUGUUCCUCCUGGUGAAGUACAGGAAGUAACACUUAAGGCAAUGCUUGACCCUCCUCCUGGCCUCAAUAACAACCACACAACAACUAUCAGUCCACUCCUGGAAGUAGUGCUAAGCAAUAUCAACACACAGGGUACGAUCUCCUUAAGGAUUAAGCUGUCUGGAGAGGUGCGAAGUGACCCGAUUAGUCAGGGUUUUACCACGGUGUUUGGCCUUAUGUCUAGCAAAAGAGAGGGUCCUUAUAUCAGUGUAGAUAAUUGUGAUUUUUUAAAAAACACAAUGCACAUGAAGGUCCAGCACCUGAAGACACAUUUUUAUGUGAUAGCAGUCGCUGAAGCUUCUGCCAUUCAGUCUCCUGCUACAUCAGUCUGGGAUUACCUUCACCGCCAAAUCACAAUUGGGGUUUAUGGACCCAGGUACAUCCAUCCAACUUUUAAGGUUGUAAUAGUUGUGUGCUGUCACGAAGAAGUACCGCCAAAGCUUCCCUUUUCAGAUAUUUGUAGAGGAAACAAGCAUCUGCCACCACUGGUGCUACAGCUGUGGGGAAUGCAUCGCCUUAGGAAUGACAACCUGCAUGACUUGUUUAUCACCGUUAGCCUCACAGGCUCUUCGUUUCAAAUCCGACAUGAGGACAAGGUGAAAGAAGUGAGGCAAAGCAAACUCAAAAUAGGGACAGUUCUGCAUUUACCAGUGGCCUUAUCUUGCGUGAACAGCAAAGACAUGAGUCCUUUUCAGGUAAAUCUGCAAGUGGCAGAGUUGAGGUCUUCAACAGUUGCUGUUUUCCAGGUCCCUUCUCCUCCUGUGGCGCCAAUUAGAUGUGACAAACGCAUUUCAAAGAAGAUAAGUAAAAAAAAAGAAGUUGAAAUGUCAAGGAACUCCUCUAUUCGCGAAGAAAAAAAUCCAGAUAUUUCCAAAUUUAAAGACAGACCCGUGAACAUAAAAUGGUACGGUGUAGCUCUAAAGUCAGUUCUCCGUCAGCCACGUGUAGACUACCUACUGGAGUACUUCAAGGGAGACACAGUGGGUCUCUUAUCAAAGCAGACCGUUAGAUCUGUGGGAAAUUCAAAGGCAAAGGAGUGGUAUAUUGGAUUCCUCAGGGGCAGGACUGGUUUAAUCCACUGCAAAAACGUCAAGCUCAUUACAGCCGAUCAAGUGAUUGACUUUACCGGUAUUCAAGUGACCACAGAGAUGCUUCUGGACAACAUGACACUGCCCUUCAAGAAGCUUACAUACAUGUACUCUGCUAUCCAAACGCUGGUCACAGAACACGUGACAAACUGGAGAAGUUUUGCGGAUGUAUUAGGGUAUAACAAUCUAUCACUGGACACCAUUACUCACAGAAUUGCUGAAACUGAGGCUGAUAAAGUGGCAUGCGUGCUGGAAAAGCUGAAGGAAGACUGCCACGCUGAGAAGAGUGAGAAGAAAUUCCUUCAAGAACUCAUGGUUGGUCUGUUAAAGAUGGACAGCAUCUAUCUUGUGGCCAUGGUGAUUCAGAAUACAGUUAUCCUGUCUACUGCUGUGGAGCUGGGAAUUCGAUGGCGGGAACUCGCUGAAAAAAUGGGAAAACUGACCUAUGCUCAGAUAGCCGCUUUUGAAGCACCACACAGAGGGAAGAAUGGAGAAGUUGGGCCUCAGUUAAUGUGGAAACCUGCCUACGACUUCUUGUUCUCCUGGAGUCAACGUUACGGAGCCAGUUACAAAGACAUGAUUCAGGAUCUUCACCUAGUCCUAGACAGGAUGAAAAACCCCGUCGCCAGACAGUGGAGACAGCUGACCGGCGCUCUCAUCACAGUGAACUGCCUUGAUCUCUAUUGGGCCUCAGCAUACCCAAAGACCUAAGCACUUUGCUCUCUGGAGAAGUACAAUGCCCAUGCACUUUUACAGGAAACAAUCAUAACUGGUUUUAGGAUGGUACAGAAUUUUUUUCUUAUGAAAAUGCAGCUGUGAGAUCUGGGAAAAUGAUGAAAAAGACAAAGAUGAAGGUAUUUUGUCCAUUUGCACUUAGUGUGAGAGUGUGUGCGUGUGUGUGUGUGUGUGUUUGUGCGUGUGUAAAUUAGAUACCACAAUAGAAGAACAGUAACAUUUCACUUUGGUAUUUUCAGUUAAUGAAUAUGUUUGCCAAUGGGUGAGGGCGGACCUACGUCACUUCCGCCUACCAAUCCCCUAGCAACCGGGAAUUCGUUGAAAACAAACCAGCUCACAGCGAACACAGCAUUGACAGAAAAAGCAUUUAACGAGCGUUGUGGCUUGGAAGUCGGCGUUAAAUCCUUCAUUUACGCAUUUUUACUUAUUCGCAUAUCGUGUGAAAAAACGAAAAUGUAUUAUUUGCGUCAGACUCGUCUCAGUGAACUUUAAAGCUUCUCAGGCUUAGCUUAGCUUGCUAGUUAGCUUAGCCUGCGCGCUACUAAGAAAGAGACGCGGAAGUUAUCAACAACUUUGUGUGAACACGCCGUACUUGUUGGAGCCCACGUCGAAGAAGAAGCGCUUGUUGUCCACAGUCAUCGACGAGCCCUCCGGCAGCUCCGCGGGCUCCUCGUCCACGCCGUAAUCGUCAAUAAGUUUGGCCAAAGCGUCGCGGAACUCGAUACGUCCCUGCGCCGGGAGCGCGAUGGUCUGACCCCAAGCCGGGCCCCCUGUUCACGGUCUGCCGGAUCCUCAAGAACCGUCCCAGCUGGUUCUCUUUCAGGUCCAUGUAGUACUUCCGAUUCUCCCGCACUAGGAACUCGCUUUUCAGGGCCCGCCGCGGCUCAUCCUGCACCAUGCCCGGGUUGCUGGGACCCAACUGGGCGUAGUGUUCGAUGAAGUCCCCCAAGUAGUCGCGGAACUCGACCGCCACCAACAUAGACAGCGUGAGGCGGCUCUUGUUGCCACCGGCCCCGACUUCGGCUGCGAGCCAUUUGUCUCGUCUCUGUGGGCUUUUAUCACGCUUUGGCAGAACAAAAUACAACCUUUGUUUUCCCUGUUUCCAGUUGUGGUUAGCACAACCAAAAACAACACAGUUUUUCGGCAUUUUGGAGGCAGAAUGACGGGUUUAACCAGCGUAGGUCGGCAGGUUAAAGAGUAAUGGCAACGGUUUGUUUUCAACGCCAGUCUGGUUGCUAUGGCUCGAAGAACCCGUAUGUAGCUCAGUUGCCCGGAUGUCGGCCCUCACCCAUAACCAACUAUUGCAUGAGGCUGGCGUCAACGUGUUUAUGUUAUUGAAGUUAAAAACUUGUUAAAGAAAUUAACAAAAAAUGUGGAGGAAAAAAAAACAUGUUGCAGAAACCUGACUGCCUAUUGUAAACCUUUAUUACAGUAGUUGCUUGAAUAUUCUCUUAAAGUGAAAAUGAGCAUUCAUUUGAUUUUUUAUGUUAUAAUUACAUAUUUUACAAAAGUAUUGGUAAUUGAUUUCGACACUACAAUAUGGAUCAGUGUAUAGAGUGGUGCCAUACAAACAUUUGUUUGACACAAAAUUUUUGGUGUUACAUUUGUUAUAUUAAGUAUACAUAUCAACUACAUUAAAAGUACCUGAAAUAAUCACAUUGUGUAAAUAAAUAUGUACAAUUGUAGGUUAACAUGCAUUUUACAAUUGGUUUUAAUAAUUAAAACAAGUUACGUAUUGUUGCAAAUUGUUAUUUUUUUCAUGUUUGCAGUGUUUGUUUUAGCUUUAUCCGCCCUGUGUUCUGCUUCUCCAUCUGAACGGGCGCAAAUUAUAUUGUUUACCCCACCUCACCCCGCCCUUUGUUAGUAUCUCAUUAUUCGAACAUUAGCUUUCAACAACGAGCCAUUUGAGAAAAACUAAAUUAAACUGAGGGACUUAAUAGCAAUACGACCUGAACUGAUUGUCCACCCACCGUAAGAAUGCAGUAUUAAAGGUCACUGAACAUUUCAAAGAUUUGUGAUGGCACGCGCUUGCUUCAAGUUCCAACCACAGUACUUUUUAUUAUUUCUUACACUUGGCACAAAGAGUCUUGUAAGAUGGCCGCUAAUGCUAAGAAAAGACAACAGCCGUAACUCAGGAGGUCAUUUUGUUUACA